UUCAAAAAUCUCCCACGAGACGCAAUGACAUUGAAAUCUUCUUCACCCUAGGAGAAGAAGUGACCUUAUCUCGACUUCUUAUCCGAAAGAUACUAGUCGUGUUCUGCCAACGAAUUUGCCACACAAUGAAAAUUUCCCUCGGAUUAUUUAUUUGCUUAUUACAUGGCAUCAACUGCGUUAAAAACGCUCAUUUGAAGAAGUAUUUGGACGAACGAGCGAAAAUUGUACAGGAGCAAUUAAUUAGACAUGCCAGAAACGGGGAAAAUCCGAUCACCGUGAAACUUAAUAACACAAAUAUAAAUCUGAUCGGAAAUUAUAGCCAUGGAGCGAUUUUCACUUUGUUCAAUACGCCGUAUGCUCUACUAGACCAAGAUUUGUACGAAAUUUCACCAAAUAAUUCAACUGUGAUCCACGUUCUCUCAAAAAAAGGCACCACUUUUGUCAAGACAACUCAGUUUCAAUCUCUGGGCUUUGUAGCAUCCGCUUCAGAACAGUCGCUGCACAUUUCAGGGCUCCACAAAGACACUCUAAAACUUUUCAAAAUCCAAAACAUUGCAACCAACGUAACGGACGCCACGUUUUUCCAAAACCAAAACAGCUUGUACCUGAUCACCUCGCACUACAAGACGCACGAUCUGGCAUUAAUAACAAUUUACAAAUUUAUCGAAACGCAUUUCGACGAAACUGUGAAAUUUUUCGCUUCGGGAACAAAAAUCCACACUUUUCCGAGCGACCAAAGCGAAAUUAUCCUAAUUUUGCACGAAAAAACGUCGAGUUUGUUCGAGUUUCGUGACGAGGAAGUUAAAAAGAUUCAAAAAAUUGACACCAAAGGGCCGGAGCAAGUUUUGGACUAUUUGCACGAGGGAAAACGCCAAGUUCUGAUUUUUAGCGAAACUAGCCAGUUGUUUUUGUGGACGGGGACCGACCUGGUGCUUUGGGAGCAAUUCACCGAAAGUGCAGGGGAGCAAAAAUUGAUUUUUUACGUGGAUAAUGUCCCAUAUGUUUUGGCGCAAAAAAACGAAAAUGUCGUCCUGUUUACUUUAAGUAACAAUAAAUUCAGUCCAAUUUACGAAUCGAAUUUCAAUUAUACUAAAUUAUGGAGCAUGGCAAUGAACAGAAACGAGUUAUUUACUUUAGGAUUAGUUAAUAAUUCGGUGCAAGUCAACGAAAUCGUAAUUUCGGUCACAAAUAAUUUGGCGGAAAAACUCGUUGACGAACAUGAAAGUUCGCUGAAUGAUUGCUUCCUGGAGCUAGAAAAAACUGUGUAUGCACUACGGCACCAACUCACCCAAACUCAAAACGAGUUAAGCUCAAGGGCUGCAAACAGUGGUGGUACAGUGGCUCAAAAAUACGAAAAACUGCGAAAUAAAUACGCCAGCAUUAAAAAAACCCUAAGCAAACCGAGAAGUUUGAUUUUUGACGAGCCUGCAAUUCUCCGAAUUCCCCUAAAAACCAAAAAACUCACAGCCCAGAAACUCAAAUUCGAUGGGCUUAAAGGCGAAAAAUGGCGGCCUGAAAGAUGGCUGUCGUACUCAAAACCUCAGAAUAUUUCAGGACCUGUGAGGGCACAAAUGGUGCAAGUGACUAAUUUGCAAACGAAACAAAAAUUGUUUGAUAAUUUGUUGUUGUCAACAGGAGGGCAAAAACUGUCAGGUUCUGUCGCUACAAAGUAUUUGGAAACGUCCCAAAUUGUGACUGAUUUACUAAACGAGAUUCCCGUCGAUGAGUUUUGUCACAAAAAGCGACCAAUUCGGGUCGAAGGAGUCAAAAGUUUUCCCGAAAUAAGGGCCAGAAAUAUUCACACCGCGGCCAUAAAUGAGAUUGGUGGGAAAAAAAUUGCGGCGCUCCUAAGCCAGCAGCUGGGGCGCAAUUUCGCCCCAAACCUCACCAUUGGCAAUUUAUGGGUCGAAAAUUUGAACGAAAUUAAUUUCGAAAAUUUCAAAAAUUCUGUUUUUCGAAUCGGUAUCACGAACACAAUCUCUGGAAAUCUCACAUUCGCAACCCUCGACUCGACCAAAAUCCAGUUCGAAACUUUGUCCCAAAAACGCGAUUUCUUGACGACUUCCACCGACCAAACGAUUAACUCCACAAUCACCAUUCCGAAAAUUUUCACGCACGAUGUCAAAACACGGACAAUAAACGGGGCCGAUUUUGCGAAUUUGGCCACAUUGAAUGGCACAAUAACCGGCCCGGUGACCAUCAAGGACUUGAACAUCCGCCACAACUUGGAGCUUGAGGGCGAGAUCUCCCCCGAGUUCCUGCAAAUCAACAACACGCACAUCGUGGGGACGCACGAGUCGGACUUUUUCCAGCGCUACGACGGCCGCGUGAGAAUCGCCGGAAACCUGUAUUUGCGCGACCUGGAGUUGGGAAAAUCGGCGAAAAUGCGGCUUUCCGGGGCGGAGUUUGAGCCGGAAAUGGGCCGGUUUUGGAGCAAGUCCGGGCAGCAGGAGAUCCCGACGCAUUUCGAGGCCCUGAACGGCGUCUCGACGCCGCAUGUGACCACGAUUUUCGUCAACAACGUCCACGUCGGCGACUACAUGCUGAAUUCGACGCAGCAGAAGCGCAAAACGAAGUUCUACUUCGAUAAUGUAACAAUCGGAGGAAACGUGUUGCUCAAUCCGGAUGAAGAACAUUCGCCUGAUUUACGGAGGAUUCAAGAAGAAUCGGUUAGAAUUAAUGGGACGUUCAGUAUCAGAGGCCGCAAAACGUACAAAAACGUCCUCAAAGUGCACGAACUUGAGCUUAAUCGGCUGAACGACGUUACGAUCAGUGAAGGGAACGGGAAAAUUCAAAAUCUCGUUGUUAAAGGUGGCCUCAAGUCGGAGAAUUUGACGGUGCAAACAAUUAACGGCGUUAAUCUAACUGAUUUAACCGCCAACACUUUAUACCUCAACAAGGCCCAAAAUCUCUCCAAACUUAACUUUGACAAAAUCUCAGUUGCGAAUUUGUUUACGUCCACAUUAAACAACAAAAGUGUAGCCGAACUGGUCGAGAAAGUUGCCAAAAUCACCAACAUUUCCAAAAUUGAGAACAUGGUCGUUACUGACCAUGUCACAAUCAAAAACGCUGAAAACCUGGCGACAAUUAACGACGUCAAAAUUGAGCAAUUAAUGGCAAAAAGUCACUCGAGGUACCACGACGGCACAAUUUUUGGAAAUGUCAAAUUUUCAGGCCUUGUCAAAAUUCGAGAUUUGCAGGUCGUUGUCAUAAAUGGCGUCGAUUUCGAGAAAUUGUCAAAACGAAUUUUAUACAAGUCGUGGGAACAGACAAUCAACGAACAUUGUGUUUUUAACAGACUCAUCACAGAUAACUUAAUAACUGACCACAUAAACGAAUUUGAAGUGGCAAACCUGAUCGACGUUUCGAGCACCAAACCCCAGAAAAUUUUUGCUCGCGGAGGCUUAAAAUUCGCGAAAAACGCCACAAUCAAAAAUUUGUUUUCAAACACGAGUUGUGACCUAAACGAGGGUUUAAAGAACUUACGAAACCCUCCCUCACAACUUUGGGACGAGAUUACAGUCACCGGAAACGCAUUUUUCUGGGACAGGGAAUCACCCAUUAGCGACAUUUUUGAAAAUGUGGUCAGCAAUUACAGCAAAAACCACACAAUUAAGGGCAACGUGAAUUUUGCGCACCAUGUUUUCGCUAACAACAUAACAGCUUUGAAAAAUGUCAAUAACGUGAACAUUUCGGAAAUCAUCGACGACGCGUUUGUGAACAAACCGAACUUGGAGCAGGUUAUAACCGGGCAAAAAAUCUUCCAGAAGCUGGAAGCCGAAAACGUCGAGAUUUUGCAAAACACGAACGUUUCGUCAAUCAACAAACUAAACAUUUCCGAAAUCGACGCUAAAAUUAUCAAAAAAUCGGCCAACGUUGCGGUUAAAGGCAACAAAGUGUUUUUCGGCGGCUUGGAAACGAAAAAAAUUGAGACUAAGUUUAUAUCAGGAGUUGAGGCGAAAAAUUUGGUCAGUUUUGUGAACCCCACCCAGGUGCCGAACGCAAUGUUCCGCUCAGUGGCUGUUUUGAAAAAUUUUAAUGUCAAAUUUAUCAACAACAUGCCCCUUGAUGUAGUUCUCAAAGAACGGGUUUUGAAAAAAGGGCCCAAACAAGUCUUGACAGGGAACUACUUCUUCCAAAAUGUCCAAUUUAACGGAAAUAUAACAACGUCUCGAAUAAAUGAUGUGGGGAUGGAAAAUGUUGUUUAUGAUAACAAAAAUCACGCUAUUAAUAGUCCGAAGAAAUUUAACCACGUUGUGAUAAGUGGGGACAUGGAAGCGGAGCUUGUUAAUGGGUUCAAGUUAUCGCAAUUGUACGAACAGUCUGUUUUGAGUAAUGAGGAGACCAAGUUUGGAAAAUCACUGUACGUCAAUAAACCAAGUUCCAUGAGUGGCAACAUUCAAACAAACUACAUAAACAACAUUUCGGUCAAUUACAUGCUGGACACGAGUAAAGAAAAUUCGCUAAAUUCAAACACUAAACAAAUACGUGAAAUAACAACCAUUGUGACAAACUUUAUCAAAACGUACUUUAAUUCGACGAUGAGGAUGCCAACUGAAGUAAUGUAUUUGGAAAAAUCAAAAGAUUUGGACAUUUCCCUCCCGAAUGUAAUUGGAGCGGAAGUUGUGGAAACCAAAAAUGAUCUUCUAAUUCACAUCGAGAGUGCAGAAGAGGGUCCCUCUUGUGGUUUACCCCCAACUUGCAAAUGCCCCACCCAGCAAACAAUGCAAGUUUCAAGCAAACACUCUGUAAAUAUGUUCCUGAAUAAGGCGACCCAGCGAAUAUACAGUCACUAUGACGAAGACAUUGUUGUGCAUUUUAUCACCCACAGCAUCAGCACUGAUUCCUACUGCAGUGCAAAUAAGGACAAGGUCCUGGACGAAGUUUCGUCCCUGACUUGGACUACCACACCCCGUGGCAACAAUACGGGGGGUUUCUUCAUUCAUCGCGGCUUCUUCACAGGAUAUAUAACCGGAGUCAAGUUUUUCACAAUUUAUGGCAAAACCUACAUCUUUGUUGGAAUUUCUUACGACCCGAUUUCGGAAACACACGCCGUUGACAGUUUAGUAUUGCGGUUUAAUGAAGAUCGGACGAAAAUUGAACAAAUUCAGAAAAUACCAACCGUUGGUUUGAAAACUAUUUCAUUGUUUCCGACAGCACAAGGGGUGGUGCUAGUCCUAGGGGUUGAUGUUAAUAAUACGAAUACACAAAUUUUCCGGUUUAAUCACCACAAAGAACAGUUCGAGCUUCUGCGCGAGUUACCCACUUUUGACUGCGUUUUCGCUCAAGGGGUUGUGCUCGAAAUGGACAGUUUGAUUGUCUUGGCCAAUCAGCGCGCGGAUUUGCACAUUUUGAAAUAUCAGCCGGAGUUUGAUAGUUACUAUUUCUAUCAAAGCUUCGAGUUGGAUUAUCCGGUCUCCUCGCUCUCUGUAUAUUACGCUGGAGGUUUUGGGAUUAGCGAUGCCUAUUUGAGCGUCGUGACGCAAAACAACAAAUAUUUCAUCUUUUCGUUCCAGUUUAUCGCAGGCUGGAAGCUCGAAUCAAGCGGUCAGUUGGACGGAGUCAAGGUUUUGGUACCGUUCCAAAUGGACAAAAAAUCGUACCUUUUGGCUCCGUCUAAAACAAGUUCAAUGCUGUCCGUUGUAGAACACGGCUUGGAUUAAUUUCGUGUCUUGUUAUUUUUAUUGUUGAUUGUUGUAAUUCUAAUGUAAAAAAUAAAUGAAACAAAAAGCGUGUUA